UUAAACCCUCGUAGAGCGACGCUGCUGGUCCGAGUCUAAAACUCUCUAUAGCCUGCGACUUUGACUGUCUCUGUCUGUCUCUGUCUGUCUCUCAUCUUCUCUUUCCCAAAACUUUUCCGACAUGUCGUUGUGUACAGUCAACUUCCAUCCUUCAUCUUCUUCCAUCAAUCUCUUCUGCAACAACAACAGCAACUCACCUAAACCCUUUCUCAACUCUCUCGUUUUCUCCACCUCUUCUGUUUCUUCUUCCUUUGUUGCUCCUCUCAGAUUCUCUACCGCCAAUCACUCCCUUACCUCUCGUUUAUCUUCGAACAGCAUCCAAAGACGCCAACUUUGGCUCCGCUGCGUCUCCACUGAGUCCAACCCAUCUACUUCUGUUGUUCCCGGCGGCGCUGAAGAGGAAGUGGUUGUUCUUGUAAUCGGUGGAGGAGGGAGAGAACACGCACUUUGUCACGCACUGAAACGCUCUCCUUCAUGUGGUUCUGUGUUAUGUGCACCUGGAAACCCCGGUAUAACAAGUUCCGGAGAUGCUACUUGCGUACCUGACCUUGACAUAUCAGACAGUUCAGCUGUCAUCUCUUUCUGUCGAAAACAGAAUGUGGGGUUAGUGGUUGUUGGUCCUGAAGUGCCUCUUGUUGCUGGUCUCGCCAACGACCUGGUUAACGCCGGUAUCCUCACUUUUGGACCUUCUUCUCAAGCUGCUGCUUUGGAAGGUUCUAAGAACUUUAUGAAGAAUCUUUGUCACAAGUACAAUAUCCCUACUGCUAAGUAUAAAACAUUUUCAGAUGCGUCAGCUGCUAAAGAAUACAUUAAAGAGCAAGGUGUACCAAUCGUGAUCAAAGCAGACGGGUUAGCAGCGGGAAAAGGAGUCACUGUUGCAAUGGAACUAGAGGAGGCUUAUGAAGCUGUUGACUCGAUGCUGGUCAAAGGUGUGUUUGGUUCUGCAGGAUGUCAGGUGAUUGUGGAGGAGUUUCUUGAGGGAGAAGAAGCUUCCUUUUUCGCACUUGUGGAUGGAGAAAACGCCAUUCCUCUUGAAUCUGCUCAGGACCACAAGAGGGUUGGAGAUGGAGAUACAGGUCCUAACACAGGAGGAAUGGGAGCUUAUUCUCCUGCUCCGGUUUUGACCAAGGAGCUGCAAGAUGUGGUGAUGGAGUCUAUAAUUCACCCUACCGUUAAAGGAAUGGCUGAAGAAGGAUGUAAGUUUGUUGGUGUUCUGUUUGCUGGUCUCAUGAUUGAGAAGAAGUCCGGUUUACCUAAGCUGAUUGAGUUCAAUGUCCGGUUUGGAGAUCCAGAAUGUCAGGUACUGAUGAUGCGUCUAGAGUCUGACCUCGCCAAGGUAUUGCUAGCAGCUUGUAAAGGCGAGCUAAACGGUGUGUCACUUGAUUGGUCAAAAGAUUCAGCAAUGGUGGUUGUAAUGGCAAGCAAAGGUUAUCCUGGUGCUUACGAGAAAGGCUCAAUCAUCAGAAACCUUGAAGAAGCUGAAACAGUUGCUCCAGGAGUGAAGGUUUUUCAUGCAGGAACAGAUGUUGAUUCAGAAGGGAAUGUUGUAGCGAGUGGAGGACGUGUUCUUGGGGUCACAGCGAAGGGUAAAGAUUUAGAGGAGGCGCGUGAAAGAGCGUAUAUGGCAGUUCAAGAGAUCAAAUGGCCUGGAGGCUUCUUUAGGCGUGAUAUUGGUUGGAGAGCGCUUCGUCAGAAACAAGUAGCUACAAAAGAGUGAGUGAAGAGAGAGACUUUUGUUGUAAUGUCUUCUAAACGAGUGAACAUUGAAAAAAUCACUUUAAGCUGUUAAGAGAUCAUUCAAAAUAACUUUCUUUUCAUUAAAAAUUUAAAGGAUGUUUAGUUUCAUCAAUUAUAUUCC